CGGUAAUGGCCGCAAUGGCUGCGCGCUGCGAGUUUCGCGAUAUGUGUAGUGUUUCUCUUGCGUGUGGUGAAAUGUCAGACUCCUGACCCAUGUCUGAUGCUGCGACAACGGGUCAGAACGCACUGUGCACCUGACGAGUGAACCGGAGAGCACGGAUCUCUUGAAAUCGUUCGUUGCCGGCCAAGUGGGGAGAGAAUUCGUCGUGACAGUCAUGAUCUGCGCCGGUUGACAUGACUUCAGACGUAGCGCCGAGACUUGUCCGCGCAAUCCACAAUUUCAAGGGGAAAAACAAUGAUGAGCUGUGCUUCAAGAAAGGUGACGUCCUGACGGUGACGCAGGCCUUGGAUGGGGGCUGGUGGGAAGGCACCCUCCAAGGCAACACUGGCUGGUUUCCUAGCAACUAUGUCAAAGACCACAAGCCCCAAGCUGGUGAUGCGUCUCGGGUUACUGGAGUCCAGGUCAGGGCGCUUGACCACUCGCUCAGCUCAAGGCAUCGGAACAUGGUGUUCAAGGACAUCCUGGACACAGAGGCAAGCCAUGUGCAUGAGCUGCGGACCCUGAUGAGCAGCUACCUGCAGCCCCUUGAGCAAUCUGGCUUGUUGAGUGACCAGGACCUGCGGCAACUGAUGGGCAACCUUCCUGCUGUGCUGGAGGUGCACACGGAGUUGCUGGAGGCAUUGGAGGGCGUCAGAGAGCAGCCAAGCCGAGAACAGCGGGUUGGCGGUGCCUUCCUGCAAAUUGCAGCACGGAUGAAGGCCAGCCAGCUGAUCUACUGUUCCAACCAUCCACGUGCCAUUCAGCUUCUGGACAAGCUCAAAGACAUUCUGGGUCCCUGGCUAGAGCAGCUUUCGCCACCUGGCGCCACCCUUCUGACUCUGACCACAGGGCUAAGCCGGCCAUUCCGUCGCCUCGACAAGUACCCGGCCCUGCUCACUGAGCUCCAGCGGCACACUGAGGAGAGCCACAUAGACCGUGGGGACACACAAAGAAGCGUCUUCGUCUACAAGGAGAUGGCAGCUAGCUGUUCUACCAUGCGGCGCCAGAAGGAGCUGGAAUUGGAGGUGCUUGCUGGCACUGUGGAUGGUUGUGAGGGAGAGGAGCUCCAGUGCUUGGGCGAGCUGCUGCACGUGGGGCCUGUGGUACUGUUGACCGGGGAAGAGCGGCGUGACCUUUACCUGGCGCUGUUCUCCAGCUGCCUGGUGCAGCUGUCUCUUUCCAAUGGGCGUUUCUCUUACCAGGGUCGCUUCCCUGUAUUGGGCUUGACAGUGACGAACUCCCAGGAUCCAGCUGAUGGCUGUGCCUUCGACAUUCAAGGUCCUUCAGUGCCACGUAUGACAGUGCUCUGUCGGAGCGCAGAAGAGGCAUCCCAGUGGAAGGCCAAGCUGAACUGCUCACCCAUGCCGCCGCCUGCACCCAGCCCGCUCCGACGGGUGGUGGCACAAGUGAACACCCCUACACCAGCACUCACUGUCACUGUGGUCCGGUCAAUGGAAACUCCUGUGCCACAGCGCUCCUUGCCUGUGGUGCUAGGCCCAUCCACCGAGAGGACAGCUGUGCCAGAGAGCUCAUCAACCUCACAGAGUGGUGGUUGGUGCCUGCGACCGCAUCCACCCCUGCGUCCCCGGCCAACAGCUAGCCGUGCCCCAAACCGGCACCAUAAGCAGCAGCGGAGAGCUGGUCCUGCUGAAGACAGGGCUCCGCAUGUGGAUGACAUGCAGCUGCUGCAAGUCAUUGAGGCCUACUGUGGCAGCAGUUGUCGAGCAAGGCACACAGUGAACUCAGCAUUGAUGAACUGCCCACAAGUCUUAGUAGCGGAGGAUGAGAAAAUUAUUGUUGAAGACAACAAAGGCAUGGAGGAGAGAAGCCUUGUUGACACUGUCUAUGCCCUGAGAGACCAGGUCAAGGAACUGCGAACUGAGACCAGCCAACUGUCGCGCGCACUUGAGGAAGAGCGACAAGCACGAAUGCGACUGGAGGCUUUACUACGGCAGCACUUACUGCUAAGCUCUUGUGACCAGCCCCUGCUCAUCACAGAGUCCUGACCAGCAUGCUAUGAGGCCACCAUCGGCUGGCCGUACACAAAGUUGUUUGUUGCUCUUGUGUGGUGUGUGCGUCCAAAGGACACUGCAGUGCGGCCAGUUGCUGCGGUGCUUCUCCAUCCACUUGUUCUCUGAGCAUGCGGUAGCUAUCUCUUGCGCAUGGCACGGUGGCAAAAGGCUGGCCUAUCAACUGUCGUGUCAUGCCUCAACGUCGUGCACUGUUGCAGCAAUGUCCCCACUCCAAAGCUCAUGUCUGGGCAGCUGGAUGCAACUAUUGAGAUGUGGGUACAGAGAGCCAACUGGACCGGCAUUGUCAUUCUCCUCAUUGAUAAGCUCAUGCCAUUGGCACUGCCACUGCAGCAAGGAACAGAAGUUUCACCCUUUCCCUGAACUGUUCAGAAUGCUAGGACUUAGACUCUGCUGCAAGAUGGUGCUGUUCUGAACGGCGUGAAGAUGGCAAAAGGACGCCGGCUGAGGCAGUAAACCCUUGUUAUAACCAGAACACUGUAUUUUUUCAGUCCCGCAGUACUGGCAGAUAAUGCUUGAUGACCAAAAAGGAGCUUGAGAUGAUUUCGAUGGCUGUGCACCGAUGCAUUGAUUAUGUAUGGGAGGUCCUGGUGAACAUUAAGGGUAGAUUUUAAGUGUUCGUGAAAACACACUUGUUCAAGAAAAAUGGGAGUAGACAACCCUCGUGUCACGAAACAAUGUUGUGUCCAAGUAGAUGUUGUGUAGCCAUUGAUGCAUGGAAGUUGAGUUGAGGAGGAAGGCCAUAACCUGAGAGGAAAGUAGUUUUAAUCAUGUAACAACCUUUUUAAUAGUGUUCGCUGGUAAAAGUUGUAGCUCUUUUAAUGUCUACAUUCGAUCAAAUUCCUGUGGGAAACUUUUGCUUGAAAGGUACUGUCCUUGUUUAAACGAUUCUCUUAGGUAUGGUAAAAAAAAGUAAGAAUUGUUCCAGGGAUGCAUUGUUAAAGCAGCAGCCACAUGGAAUGCUUCUUUCUUCCCCAAAAUUUUCACACAGGUCCUUUUCGGUGUGUGGACCAUUUGCAUGUCACAGUACCUGCGAGGCCAUUAUAACAUAUAACAUACAGUAAUAAGCUGACUUGUGCAAUGCCUGCAUCUAAAUUUUAGUCAAGAUGUAUUCAAUGGAGCUGCUGCUGAGAGACGUGCCAAGAAGAAUUAUGGCUGUUCUAUUGGGUAUUUGCUGUUCUGUAGGCUUGUUUGAACAAGUGUGUUAUGUUAACCACUGUGUUAUGUCCAAUUCUACUGGUUGUUUUAGAGAAACUACCUGAACCCUUGAGCAAACACUUGGACAAUUCUCAGAUUUUGCAAAUUCAAAUCAGCUGGAGAAAAACAUACUGUUCCAUACUGUAUAACAUUAGAAGUCGUCAUGCAAAGCUGGCAGAUAUGACACUACAUGGCACAGAGCUUCCAGACAAAUUCAUUUAUUGGCAGCAGAGCAAGAGAGAGUGAUACGUCAUAGAGUGAUUUGGUUCAAAAUGACCAGUGGAACAGAGAACAUAUGAGUAACAAAACCUGCUCCAGAUUUACGAGCGGGCAUUACUGUUAGAAAAAUCAAAUGUUUACAUUUAGAAGCGUUUUUAUGCAGUGUACUAUGUAGGCCUUUUUUGAAGCCCAAAUACGUAGGGUGUGGGGAAGCUCUCUCAAAGUUUUGGCAUAUCUCAGUUCUGUCCAAAAAAGCUGAAUUUAGGCAGAAAUAUCUGUAGAGCCGCCCACUCUGCAAACUCAAAUGCACACUCUUUCUGAAACAGUGUCUUUCUACAUAGCUACCACCGUAGCACAUGGUGCAGUAUAUAUUUUCUGGUGUAUAAGUCGCACCCCCCUCAAAACGGCAGUUUUUCAGAAUAAAAGCAUAUAUAAGUCGCACUGUUCAUUCGGUAAGCGAUUUAAAAAAAAAGUACAGUGAUGUUUCGCUUCGUGAAUGCAGGUCACGCGCAAGCAAUGAUAUGGACACUCCAGCGCAUUUGUGUCUUCGUGGUCGCCGCAAUGUACCACAUAAAGUCUAAGGCAGAUAACAUCGUUCCCGCGCGCUGUAUAUGCUGCACGUGCGAGUGAAAGCAUGCGAUGAUGAGCCAAAUCGUGCACCAGGGUGGAAAGCGAGAAGGCAGCGCGGGAGGGAGGGGGGACGGCUUUUACUCUGGUAUCAACUGUGUAGUUUGUGCGGCAGCGUGCGCCGUAUCUUGAAAAUGAUGUGCAGAUGCGAUGACUUUGGAGUCUGUCGACUCGCGGCCUGCCACCGCUUGCGUUUCUGCUCCGUCCUUCUCACACUGCGCUUCCGCAACUCGAUCACGAAAGGAACCCGGUACAUCCAUAGCGUGCACACAACUUGUAGCAACUGCCAGAAGAGGUCAGCUUUCUCCAAAAAAGAAAAAGAAAAAGCUGUAUAUAAGUCGCAUCGGUGUAUAAAACGCACCAACAAAAAUUUAAGGAAAGAAACGAGAGUUAUACACCGGAAAAUACGAUAUAUGCAUACAAUUCUAAGAGAAGGGAUAGAAACAGAACAAUGUUUCUUUCUAAAAAAAUUUUUUAUUUGGGCAUCUGUGUCACUUUUUGUCAUUAACAGACUGUUUCCCGUCACUGCUGUUGUAUUUUAGCAUCAAAAUGUGCAGGCCACAUAUCCCACUUUUACGUGCCACACUUGUUACAAAAAAGCUCAGUCAUCACAGUUGGUUUCGUGCACAAGUCAUUGUUAUCCACCAUCCACACAGGCAUUCUUAGUGGUGUCCUUUGGUCGGUUCUUUCAGUACGCUUCGCACAGAUUUACCAUGAGAAUGUAUUGUAUAAACGUGGCAUUCAAUUCAUGAAGCGAUGCUGUGUAAACGUGUCCUUGAUCACGUAAAAUUGAAAACCAUCCAUGUGCCAUCCAGAUUGUGCUGUAAAAAUAAGAUGUUAAAAUCUGUUAUCUGGCUGUUUUCACUCUGCAGGUACUUUAUGAGAACAGCCAAACCCUUAUGAGGAGCUAUGAGGCAGGGUGAGACUGACUUCCAAAGUGUGUAGUGCUUUGCUGUGGGUUUCCUUGUACUACAUACAAAGACCAUGACCAUAUAAAUUCUAAGCCAUAUUAAUGCUCA